AAGGGCAAAAAAUUCUUUUCGAUAUUCCCAUUUUCUCAGCCACCGGUUUCGGUACAGUGUGAGAAAAGCGUUUCCUAACGAGUUGUAAAACCUAGGAAGCAGUUAAAACAAUAUCAGAAACCGAAGUGAUACUUCCUUUUUUUUUUUUUUUUUUUUCUUAGCUUAUUUUUUGCCUUAAUUUUAUUUUUAAUUAAUGAAAAAAUAAAAUUAGGUUUUAAUAAAGAUUGAAAAAAAUAUAUAUUUGCCAAGAUAUAGAGAAAUGAGCUGACGAAUCUUCAAUGAAAGGAGGAGGCAAGGGGAAGAAGAAGAUAAAAGCUGCAUCUUUUUUACAAUAGCUAAGAUUAUAUUGAAAAUUUUAUUAAUUAUGGCCACAGAGACAAAAACCACAGUUGUGAAGGUCAGGCCAAGUAAUCAGGAUGGUCCUUCAAAGGGAAAGGUUGUUCCUUCUUUGAAUAAGAAGAAGAUUGAGAGCUCAACUAGCAAGCAUAUUGUCGAUUCCAAGCAGAAAUCAGUUGUCAUAAAAUCCGAGGUGAAAUCAAAAACAACUCCGGGCAGUUCUUCGAGAGCAAAAUCAACCGCUACUACCUCUACUAAAGUGAGGGAGAAGAAAGUUUACACUUUGCCUGGUCAGAAAUAUGAUCCUCCUGAAGAGAGAGAACCCCUGAGGAUCUUCUACGAAUCAUUAUCAAAACAGAUACCUACCAGUGAAAUGGCAGAGUUCUGGAUGAUGGAACACGGUUUGUUAUCCCCUGAAAGAGCGAAAAAGGCAUAUGAGAAAAAGCAGAGAAGGCAGAAAGAACUUAGGAUGGGAACUCCUACUAAAUCUUCAAAACCCUCUUCUAAACCUGAGAGUUCCAAGCUGCAGCAGGCAUCAAGAAAUGGUGAUAUAAAAGCAAAGAGGAGAAUUAUGGAUGAUAGCGACGAUGAUGACUUCGUUUUAAGUUCAAAGAGAAGGAAAGAUUAAAUGGAUAAUAAAAAAAAAUUAAAAAUAAAAAAAUAAAAAAAUAAAAAGAAGAGAGAGAUAAGGACCAGAUAUUGAAUCUUUAGUUACUAGAUUCCUUUGCUUUUAACUGAAGAUAAAAAGAGAGAGUGCUGUUAAACAACCUAACAAGUACUCUCGGAGACAUUCUUUGUAUUGUCUAACAUAUGAACACAAUAAGCGUGGAAUUUCAAUUUACUUGUAUCCCCAUUAAUUCAUGUUCUAAACUUAUGAAUAUUGUUGCUCCAGUAA